CUGGCUUCGAAUAUCUCUUCCUUGUCCUUCAGCUGAGUCAUCCUGAUAGAUAUCUAUGUAUUGGCGAAGCUUUUUCUGCGUGUCCUUCAACGAUUAAACUCGUCUUACUCAGCAUCAUCAGUCAUCUCCACCACAAUUCGAUAUUUUUUCUUAAGGCUAUCUAUGUCGCAAGAUCAUCCGUAUGGCCGAAGUAGCCCAAGUCGACGCCUAUUCCAGAGGCCAUUCGUGUCCUUGGAUGACUCAGAACUUCAUAUUCUAAUGGGUCAAGCUGGAAAGUGCACAAUAACGUCCGCAAUUGCAUCUGACACCGAUACCUCUAUGUAUGGUUUCCAAUCGCACAGCCGUCAUCAGUUUGUAGCUAAACCUGACCAAGUCCACACGACCGCCGAUUCAUUCUUGGCCACCUAUCAGCAUGAGCACGAGAUUUGGAUGGUUCUUAAGCACUCCGACUCGGCAUCGACAUUUACCGUCUUCGAUGCUGCUGACGCGGGUCACAGCGCGAACGAACUUCUCCAGUCUUCGCCUACGGCGCAAACUGUCAGAAUUAUGAAGACCCAUAGUAAGGUGACGAUUCCGAACACCGAGAAGACUGCAGGUGCGCCAGUAGGGUUGGUCUUAUUCUUCAAGGUCAAACCCGGAAAGGCCGACGCAGUGCGCGAACUUAUCUUUUCUGCUAUCUUUUCCCUUCGUCGAAGAGGAAGAGAAAACUCUGAUUUGGUUCGGUUUGGAGUAUCCUGACACCCCAGGUCAUUUCGGAACUGAAUUCCCGACUUCUUCACAGACAAAGGAAGAAAGAUCCAUGCAACUGGAAAGGCUGCGCAGGCGGUACAGGCUUUAACUGACUGCCGAUGUCACGGAGGUUGAUGUCGUCGCAAUGAAGAUCGCGGUUCAGAUCUAGGGAAGGCAUUCAUUAGCGAGCACAUGAACUUCUUACAUACGUAUACGUAAAUGGCGUCCCGUCUAUUCAAUUAUGAACUUUUUUG